CAGAGUGACGUGUUUGACGCGCGACGCAGUCCACAGAAGAAGACGCGUGUUUUUCCGAGCAGGACCGGAUCGCUGGGAUCCAGUUUUGUGUCCAGUUUUCGGUCCAUUUAAAUCCGGAGCGAUGGGGGACACUAGCCGGCUCUGCUCCGUGUGGCUGGGCUCGGAGACCGGCAUCCUGAAGGGGGUCAGCCUGUCCCGGAAACAGGCCUUCAACUUCUGCAACACGAGCCACCUGAGCCGGGACCAGGAGGUCCGCGCGCUGUGCUGGGGGGACCCCGCGGAGAGCGAGGUGCUGGUCGGGUCCGUGGACGGGACCGUGAAGACGUUCAGCGUCGAGAAGGGUGCGUUCACGGACACGCGGCGCUGCGGGGAGCCCGCCGACGGCUGCUUCGCCGGGCUCGCGCUCAGCGGCUCCGCGCUGGUCACGUGCGCGGAGCGCGGGGCGCUGCGGGUGUGGAGGGAGGACAGCAGCGAGCCCGCGGCCGAGCUGCACGCGGGGGACAACGUGUGCAGGAUGCGGCAGAGCGCGGCGCACCGGGACCGGGUCGCCACCGGGGGGAAGGAGAACGGGCUGAAGAUCUGGGACCUGGAGAGACCGGAACAACCCGUGUUCGCCGCCAAGAACCUGCGGGACGACUGGCUGGAUCUACGGCGGCCGCAGUGGGUCCGGGACAUGGCCUUCAUCCCGGACUCGGACAAAGUGGUCACCUGCACAGGUUACCAUCAGGUGCACGUGUUAGAUCCCUCCACGUCCCUGAGAGACCAGGCUGAGACCAAACGCACAGCAGCUGAAAGACAGAGAGAAGAGUUAGAGGACGCAGUCAGGGGACGCAGUCAGGGGACGCAGUCAGAGGACGCAGUCAGGGGACGCAGUCAGGGGACACAGUCAGAGGACGCAGUCAGAGGAUGUAGUCAGAGGACGCAGUCAGAGGACGCAGUCAGGGGACGCAGUCAGGGGACGCAGUCAGGGGACGCAGUCAGAGGACGCAGUCAGGGGACAUGGUCAGAGGACGCAGUCAGAGGACGCAGUCAGAGGACGCAGUCAGAGGUCUCUUGUAUGCUAGGGGGGACAUAG